AUGGCUGCCAGCCCGGCAGGACAACGCUUCCAGAACAAGGCCCGACUGGCCGUCCUGGCAGAGCAGGACAAGGAGAAGAGACGGCUGAUGCAGAGCCAGUCCAUGAACAGCCCUGAAGCCAUCAUCCCGCUGUCCAGAAUCAGCCUGAAGGAGGUGCGGGGCAGCGUGGAGCAGCAGCACAUAGCCGCCCAACAGAAGGCCGCCCAUAAGAAAGCCACCCUGCAGGAGGUGCACGCGUACUCCUCGGGCUUCUUCAUCACCCAGGACUCCUCGUUCGGAAACCUCAUCCUCCCGGUGCUGCCCCGGCUGGAGCUCAGUCUCUAA